AUGCCAAAUAUCACGCAAAAAGAGUCGAAGGAUGGAAAGGAGGAGCUAGACAAGAGGAGAGAGACGAUAGACAAUGGAAGAGAAGGGAUAGAGGAAGAGGAAGAAGAAGAAGAAGAAGAAGAAGAAGAAGAAGAAGAAGAAAAGGAAAAGGAAGAGGAAGAGGAAGAGGAAGAGAAAAGGUGA